CCCUUCUGACCUCUCUACUGGAGGAACGAGCCAAAGAGGCUUUCCAAGCGAUGGGAUGCGGCGAUGUGCGGUGGGCCUCUGCGGAAGCUGCGUGGUCGCUUGUGCGGUGCUGCAGCUGCGACAGCUGCAGCUCCUGCCAGAGGACCCGAGCCCCAUGGACCCCGCGGUUCGUAUGGACGUUUCGGCGGUGGGGAUCUACGUGCAGGCGGCGAACCCGGCACUAUGGAACCAGAUGUACCAGUGCAUCGACAGCGUUGUGCAAGCCCAUGGUGGCCCGGUGGACGUCUUUGUGUCGACACUCAACGAGUCGGUGGCAGAGCUGUACCGCAGCAACCUUACGGCGGCAAGCUCCCGGCUGCGGCGCUGGGAGGUGCAGGUCCUCGAGAACCGCGGCGCGGAUCUGGGCCAGUUCUUCCAACAGGUUCUGCGUGAGCCCAUGGACCAGUACGAGGCCGUGCUGAAGAUCCAUACCAAGAAGCUGGAGCUUUGGAGGAACUAUAUCCUCGAAAAUCUCUGCGCCAGCCCAGCCGUCGUGAAGAGGGCGCUCGAGGCCUUGAAGGAUCCCAAGGUUCACAUGGCCGGGCCCAAGGAGUUCAUCUUCCUCGGGGGCAAGGCCACCUUUAGCCAGGCCAUGUGCGACAUCAUCCAGUGCCGCACCACUAAGGUCCAGCUCUUCCCCAAGCAGACCGUGCAAGCCAUGGAGCGCGCCUGGCCCUUGCUGGGCCAAGCUGUGCCAUUUCACGGGACUUCACGGACGUUAAGGCCCCCCGCGCGGCGUUUUGCCAUCGUCGCCGGCAGCUGCUUUUGGCUGCGGGGACACAGCACUGCGCUGGCCGGCAACUUCACAGCCAAUCUGCCGCGGCUGCUGGGGAACAUGACCUUGGCGUAUCGGCCCAGGAGCGCGCAUCAGAUCGAGCACGCGGUGGAACGACUGCUGCCCACUUUGGUGUAUAGCUCAGGCGGCCUCAUCGCUCGCCUGAGCGCCUGAGAGACUGAAUUCGGGGUGCCUGGCAUUCGUAGGCGUAGCCGGGUGUUCGAUACGGCAAGUUCGUAAGUUGUGAU